CAUGUGAUCGCGUACGUCUGUAAACAUGUAGCCGGUGGGCGGGACACAGACGGAGUCUUUAUUUUGACUCAAGCCUGUCUGUGUCAACAUGAGCGGACCACACCAUGGUUCUGACUGCAAGUCCGCUAGAACCAGACCACUCUUAACCCUUUGUGGUCCUCUGAGCGUUUUAGUGGGAAAGUUGAUCCCUCCACUUCCUGGGGGUCCACUUAAUGACAAACGGAAAAUAAAAAAAAGGGCAAAGCGACCAACUGGCGUCCAGAAAGUUCCUUUCACGUGAUAUGAUGUCAAUGUGUGUGUGUGUGUGUGUGUGUGUGUGUGUGUGUGUGUGUGUGUGUGUGUGUGUGUGUGUGUGUGUGUGUGUGUGUGUGUGUGUGUGUGUCAAGUUGUUGGAGGCCGGUGGUGAGAGAAGUGUUUGGAUUGGAGCACAUUCAAAGUUGGAGAGGAAAGAGAAAAAAAAAGUGUGGCAGCGGCGUGACGUCAUGGUGAAAAAAAAAAGAGACUUGAAGAAAGUUCCUCGCGCUGCUCCAUCACAUCCAGUCCAGCACGCGUACACGUCAGGUCACACGUGUGUGUGUGUGUGCUCUCGGAGGAUGACACACUCCGACUCGGCCCAAAUUGUUCUUGCUCGUAGCCAUGACGCCCAGCCGCUAGGAUGAAUGUGGCGCCUCUCUCUGUGCUGCUCACCUGCUGGACUUUGACUUUCGUCUUCGCUUCUUUCCAGCGCACGGCUUACGGCUGGGGUGCUCGGGCCACCGGUCGGGUCAGUCCGGCUAGGGUGACCCAAACCCGCGCCGACGGCAAGGAACGGACGCCUGCGGCCAUCGGUGCACAAGGUGGGAAGGUGGGUGCUGCGGCGGGCGGGGCGACCCGACAUCAAGUUGUACUCAAAGGGCCCUCCCAGGUCCCCAAAGGUUCCAUCCAUUCGGGUGGAAGUGUGAAGGUGACGCCGCCCGACUACAUGUUGUCUCUGUACUGGAGCCGCUCCCAUGGCGCGCACAACCGCAGCAUGGCCGAUACUGUCACCAGCUUUGUGGACAGAGGUCAAGAUGAGAGGGGUUCCGUCCUGAGGCGUCAGCAGUACCAUUUCAACAUCUCUUCUUUGGGUCCAAACGAACUUUUGGGAGCAGAACUUCGCAUCCUGAGAAAGCCCUGGCCUGACCUCCGCAAGGCCGCACAGGGCGGGGCCCAGUGGUUGAAGCUGUUCGAGUGUGGGCACGCUAAAAAGAAGGCAGUUCUGCUGCAGACAAUGGCAGCCAAGCCUUUGGAGGCUUCUCACGGCAGGUGGGAGGUGUUCAAUGUGUUGAACUCGGUCAAGGGCUUUAAACGGACCCAACGGAACCAGCCACUGUGCUUCCAACUGGAAGGGGGCGGUGGCACCGACCUCCGCUCGCUGGGCUUGGGUCGACCCAGAAGGAGCGACAAGGAGAUGGCCUUCCUGCUAGCGUUCGGCCGUAGCAAUAAGUCCGAUCUGUUCUACAAUGAGAUUCGAGCCCGGUCCGGUCACGACAACAAAACCGUCUACGAGUACUUGUUCACACAGCGACGCAUGAGGCGAGCUCCGCCCACCAGGGCCCUUCAAAAGCUACCUCCGCAGGCCUUCCCUCCGAAGACACGGGCGCGAUGCCAGCGGCGCCGCCUCCAUGUCAACUUCAAAGAAAUGGGUUGGGACGACUGGAUCAUCGCGCCGCUCGACUACCAUUCCUUCCACUGUGGCGGCGCCUGCGACUUCCCGCUCCGCUCUCACAUGGAGCCCACUAACCACGCCAUCAUACAGACCCUGCUCCACUCCAUGGACCCGCUCUCGGCCCCACCCUCCUGCUGCGUGCCCACGCACCUCAGCCCAAUCAGCAUCCUCUACGUGGACUCCAACAACAACGUGGUCUACAAGCAGUAUGACGAUAUGGUGGUCGACGCCUGCGGCUGUAGGUAA